AUCCUCGGGAGGGAUCAACUUCACCGGAACUCUAGUUAGCGCGCGGAAGAUCAUCAGUAACGUCAUCGGGGGUCGGCCAACUACGGUACCAACCAUUACAUCACGGCAACCUCACCUCACCUCAAUCCAGCACAUCUGAGUAUUUAACACAGUCCUCCUCGAGCUCUCGUCUGGUCUCCUUCAUACAUACUCAAUCCCAAUCCCCACCAAUCCCCGCAUUCCGAAAGAAGAAAAAUCCAACUUUCAAUUUAUCUACAUACAACACGAAACCAAAAUGACCAGCUCCCAAGUCGGCAACGCACAGACCUACGAGUCGAGCGACCAAAAGACCAGCAAGUCGACUGGAACGAAGCCCUCCGACUUCGCCUACGAGGUGGGCGUCAAGAACUCGCACAAGGAUACGGAUUCUAAGGAUCAGCGAACAAUCGCCAACCGGCUCGCCGCCGCCGAGAAGAAGGAUAAGGAGCGGCCCGACCAUUCGGAGGAUAGUGAUCCGCGAGCUCCGGCACUCAAACAUGGAAACGAGCCCUCGAAGGGCGCAAAGAUCGAUGCAGAGUUGCAGGCGGAUGAUGAGCUGUAUCUCAAGCAGAAGGGAAAGAAGGAUAAGGAUACGCUGCCGGGGAAGAAGUAAGAGGGAGAGGGCCAGGCGAGCUGGCUGUGUACCUACAUAAUUUAUGCGUGGAAUGCGCACCGGAUGAGAAUCAUGACGAGGAAACAUAAGAGAUUAUUCGUCCGGAUGGAAACACCUGGCCAACAAACUGGAC